AACCAAGAUCACUCCAUGGAUGAAGUGACAGCAGUGGUGAAGACUGAAAAAGGCGUUGGUGGCAGUAAUGGGGGUAAUGGUAAUGGUGGUGGUGCCUUUUCUCAGACUCGAAGCAGCAGCACAGGCAGUAGCAGCAGCAGUGGAGGAGGAGGGCAGGAAUCCCAGCCAUCUCCUUUGGCUCUGCUGGCAGCAACCUGCAGCAGAAUUGAAUCACCCAAUGAGAACAGCAACAACUCCCAGGGUCCAAGUCAGUCAGGUCGCACAGGUGAACUUGACUUCACAGCUACCCAACUUUUACAGGGUGCCAGUGGCUGGCAGAUCAUCUCUUCCUCCUCUGGGGCUACCCCUACCUCAAAGGAACAGAGUGGCAACAGUACCAAUGGCAGCAAUGGCAGUGAGUCUUCCAAGAAUCCCACAGUCUCUGGUGGGCAGUAUGUUGUGGCUGCCACUCCCAAUUUACUGAACCAGCAAGUUUUGACAGGUCUACCUGGAGUGAUGCCUAACAUUCAGUAUCAAGUAAUCCCACAGUUCCAGACAGUUGAUGGGCAACAACUACAGUUUGCGGCCACUGGGGCCCAAGUAAAGCAGGAUGGUUCUGGUCAAAUACAGAUCAUACCCGGUGCAAACCAACAGAUCAUCACAAAUCGAGGAAGUGGAGGCAACAUGAUUGCUGCUAUGCCAAACCUUCUCCAGCAGGCUGUCCCCCUUCAAGGCCUUGCUAAUAAUGUGCUCUCAGGACAGACUCAGUAUGUGACCAAUGUGCCAGUGGCUCUGAAUGGAAACAUCACCUUGCUACAUGUCAACAGUGUUUCUGCAGCUACCUUGACUCCUAGCUCUCAGGCAGUCACUAUCAGCAGCUCCGGAUCCCAGGAGAGCGGCUCACAGCCUGUCACCUCAGGGACCGCCAUCAGUUCUGCCAGCUUGAUGUUGUCGCAAGCCAGUUCCAGCUCCUUUUGCACCAACGCCAAUAGCUACUCAACAACUACUACCACCAGCAACAUGAGAAUUAUGAACUUCACCACCAGCGGGUCUUCAGGGACCAGCUCUCAAGGCCAGACACCCCAGAGAGUAAGUGGGCUACAAGGGUCUGAUGCUCUGAACAUCCAGCAGAAUCAGACAAGUGGAAGCUCACUAUAAGCAAGUCAGCAAAAAGAAGGAGAGCAAAACCAGCAGACACAGCAACAGCAAAUCCUUAUUCAGCCCCAGCUAGUUCAAGGGGGACAGGCUCUUCAGGCCCUCCAGGCAGCGCCAUUGUCGGGGCAGACCUUUACAACUCAAGCUAUUUCACAGGAAACCCUCCAGAACCUCCAGCUUCAGGCUGUUCCAAACUCUGGUCCCAUCAUCAUUCGGACACCAACUGUGGGGCCUAAUGGACAGGUCAGUUGGCAGACCCUUCAGCUGCAGAAUCUCCAAGUCCAGAACCCACAAGCCCAGACAAUCACCUUGGCCCCGAUGCAGGGUGUUUCCUUGGGGAACACAAGCAGCAGCACCACCACCCUUACACCUAUCGCCUCUAUUCCUGCAGGCACGGUCACUGUGAAUGCUGCUCAACUCUCUUCCAUGCCAGGCCUCCAGACUACUAACCUCAGUGCUUUGGGCACUUCAGGGAUCCAGGUGCACCAGCUUCCAGGCCUGCCAUUGGCUAUAGCAAAUGCCCCAGGUGAUCAUGGAGCUCAACUUGGCCUCCAUGGGGCUGGUGGUGAUGGAAUACAUGAUGAAACAGUGGGUGGAGAAGAAGGAGAAAAAAGCCCUGACCCCCAACCCCAAGCUGGUCAGAGGACCAGGCGGGAAGUAUGCACCUGUCUGUACAAUAAAGACACUGAAGGAAGGAGUUCCGGUGAUCCUGGCAAAAAGAAACAGCAUAUUUGCCACAUUCAAGGCUGUGGCAAAGUAUAUGGGAAGACCUCACACCUCCGGGCACACUUGCGCUGGCAUACAGGGGAGAGGCCACUCAUGUGUACCUGGUCCUACUGUGGGAAGCGUUUCACACGUUCGGAUGAGCUUCAGAGAUUCAAACGCACUCACACAGGUGAGAAGAAAUUUCCCUGCCCUGAAUGUCCUAAGCACUUCAUGAGGAGUGAUCACCUGUCAAAACAUAUCAAGACCUAUCAGAAUAAGAAAGGAGGCCCAGGUGUAGCCCUGAGUGUGGGCACUUUGCCCCUGGAGAGUGGGGCAGGUUCAGAAGGCAGCGGCACUGCCACUCCUGCAGUCCUUAUUACCACCAAUAUGGUAGCCAUGGAGGCCAUCUGUCCAGAGGGUAUCACCUGUCUUGCCAAUAGUGGUAUCAACGUCAUGCAGGUGGCAGAUCUACUGUCCAUUAAUAUCAGUGGUUUCUGA